GUCACCACACCUCAGGAUUAGUUAUCUGAGCUCACUCUGAGUGAAGCCUGCGGUGGGAACUACAAGGCUCUGUGAAGGAAAUCAUUCUUGUGAAUGUGACGUACACUCUCUCCAGUUUCCAUAUGCUGAGAUUAUACCUCUUCAUCAGUUUGAUGUGCUUGGUGGAAACAGAUGCAGAUGAAACAUGUGCUUCCUUCACCAAACUGAGCUUUCACAGUGCCGUGGUUGGUACGGGACUAGAUGUGAGGUUGAUGUUCUAUACUCAGAACAACCGGACCUGUGCACAAGUCAUCAACUGCACAUUUUUGGGGAACUUGAAUGUAACCAAGAGAACCACUUUCAUCAUUCAUGGUUUCAGGCCAACAGGAUCUCCUCCUGUUUGGAUGGAAGACUUAGUACAGGGCUUGCUCGAUGUGGAAGACAUGAAUGUGAUUGUUGUUGAUUGGAACCGAGGAGCAACUACUGUUAUAUACACACAUGCCUCUGGUAAAACCAGAGCUGUAGCAAUGGUCCUAAAAAAUUUCAUCGACCGGAUGUUGGGAGAAGGAGCUGCUCUUGAAGACAUUUAUAUGAUUGGAGUAAGUUUAGGAGCCCAUAUAGCUGGAUUUGUUGGAAAGAUGUAUGAUGGACAACUGGGGAGAAUUACAGGUCUUGACCCUGCGGGCCCUUUAUUCAAUGGCAAACCCCCGGAGGACAGAUUGGAUCCCGGUGAUGCCCAGUUUGUUGAUGUCAUCCAUUCAGACACUGAUGCACUUGGCUACAAAGAACCAUUAGGAAACAUAGACUUCUAUCCAAAUGGAGGCUUGGAUCAACCUGGUUGCCCCAAAACAAUAUUUGGUGGAAUGGGUUAUUUUAAAUGUGACCACCAGAGGUCCGUGUACCUGUACCUUUCUUCUCUGAGAAAGAACUGCACGGUCACCGCAUACCCCUGUGACUCCUACCGGGAUUAUCGAAAUGGCAAGUGUGUUACCUGCGGCCCAUCACAAGGGGAGCCCUGUCCCAUUCUGGGCUAUUAUGCAGAUAACUGGAAAGAUCGUUUAAGGGAGAAAGACCCUCCUAUGACUAAAGCAUUCUUUGACACAGCGGAAAAGGAGCCUUACUGCAUGUAUCAUUACUUUGUGGAUAUUAUAAGCUGGAACAAGAACAUAAGAAGAGGGUCUAUUACAAUCAAAUUGAGAGACAAAGAUGGAAACACAACAGAAUCCAAAAUUAAUCAUGAACCUGCAACCUUUCAGAAGUAUCAUCAAGUCAGUCUGCUUGCAAGAUUUAACCAAGAUCUUGAGAGAGUGGCAAACAUCUCCUUGGUGUUCUCCACAGGGUCUGUAAUCGGCCCCAAAUACAAGCUCAGGGUUCUGCGAAUGAAGUUACGGUCACUUGCCCACCCAGACAGGCCCCAGUUGUGUCGAUAUGAUCUUGUACUGAUGGAAAACGUUGAAACAUUCUUCCGACCUGUUCUUUGCUCAAGGUUGAACAUGUGACUGUUGUCAGGACAUGGGGCACCCGUAGCCUACAGAAAGCUCCAACUCCAGGCUUCUACAAGGCUUCACCUCACUCUCUCCUCACGGCACAGAAAAGUAUGGAAUAACCAGGGUUUCUUCCGGAAGUGUCGUAUGGAUGUCACAUUACAUAGUGGCAAACACCUUUGUUUUAGAAAGCCAUCCUGGGAAGGGAAGCCCUAAGCUGGGCAAGUCAGAAGUCGACAGGUUUCUCACAGUUCAGUGCUGAUCGCUCUGGGUCCUGGGGCCUUGCUUGUUUAGGCCUGUCAGUUCUGCCGCCUGUCACUGGAACGGUUUUGUCCAUCACUGCAGUAAGUCAAACUUCUUAAAGGGAAAGACUGGCUGGGACCUUCAGCAUGGACUCUGCAUUCCCUGUGCCAAGUCUUCCAGGUCCCUGGAUGAAGAAGGGUACCAAGACUCACCUACCUACAAGUCUGUGAAAGGGUCUUUGACAUCCCAUGGGUGUUGCAUUAACCACUUGUGGGUUCA